UGUCUCGUCCUUGAAAAUCCAGCCGCCUUGCCAUUGGCCAGGAAGACCCCGGCCUAGCUGCGGAUUGGCUACCGAGAAGGGCUUGAAAGGUGGCUGAGCACUUCGGACACCUCAGACGGACGGUGGCCAUCCCGAGACGCGCCCCAGCCCGCCAUGGCCCGGCUUCUUCGGGCAUCCUGCCUUCUGUCCCUGCUCCUGGCCGGCUUCGUUCCCCCGGGCCGGGGACAAGAGAAGUCCAAGACAGACUGCCAUGGAGGCAUGAGUGGUACCAUCUACGAGUAUGGGGCCCUCACCAUUGAUGGGGAGGAAUACAUUCCUUUUAAGCAGUAUGCAGGAAAAUAUGUCCUCUUUGUCAAUGUAGCCAGUUACUGAGGUCUGACAGACCAAUACCUUGAAUUGAAUGCACUACAAGAAGAACUUGGGCCGUUCGGCCUGGUCAUUCUGGGCUUCCCCUGCAACCAAUUUGGCAAACAGGAGCCAGGCGAGAACUCGGAGAUCCUACCCAGUCUCAAGUAUGUCCGACCGGGUGGUGGCUUUGUCCCUAACUUCCAGCUCUUUGAGAAAGGAGAUGUGAAUGGGGAGAAAGAGCAGAAGGUCUACACUUUCUUGAAGAACUCCUGCCCUCCCACUGCGGAGCUCCUAGGCUCACCUGGCCGCCUCUUCUGGGAACCCAUGAAGAUCCAUGACAUCCGCUGGAACUUUGAGAAGUUCUUGGUGGGGCCAGAUGGCAUACCUGUUAUGCGCUGGUACCACCGGACCACAGUCAGCAAUGUCAAGAUGGACAUCCUGUCCUACAUGAGGCGACAGGCAGCCCUGGGGGCCAGAUGGAAGUAACUGACACCACCUACCCCUAUCCCCUGUCCAUUAUGCAAGGGCUGGGGAGGGACUCUUCAGGAAGGAACCUACAUUCUCUAUUGUUUGACACCCACCCCAGGCGCCCUUUCUUAUUACAUAAAAACACAAGCCUGGCACAACUGUGUAUCUAUACCAUUGUGCACACAUGUGACAAUUGUGCCAGUGUGACAGUCAUGUCUACCUGCUUGAUACCCAGGGAUGGACCACCUGUGUUCACAGCUUGGUACUGGGGAACUGUACCUUUAUAUUUUUUUCAGCUUUCUAUUCCAAAUGAGCCCAGCAGAAACACCAGCUCCAAUGAUCCUGUUCAAAUCUGGACAUCAUCCUUGGGGCCAGCACCCCCCACGUGCCCACACUUAAGUCCCCAUACACAUCUGGGUUCACUACACUGCCAGCCUCCUUCACCUUUCCUGAAGUGCCCUCCCAAGUCCUCAACCCCAUCCCACAGUGUUCCUGAGAACAACCAAGGCAACUGUGAGUGUGAUGACCACGUACUCCAAGUCUGGGGUGGUGUCUCCAUGAAGGAGAGGUCCGAAGCCCUUGUGGGCGGGCCUCCCCUGAACCUGUUUGUGGAGCCAGCCCUUAGUGCAUUCAGGCUUGGGCUCCCAGGCAGGGACACUACCCCCGCUCCUCUGGAGGACAUGCUGUUCCCUCACUUUGUCCACUGGCAUCUCUCACACCCCCAUCUGCCCAGUAAAGGCCUUUUCUGCAGCAGCUCAGCCUA